AUGGAUGGAACGUGGAUCCAAUACCACACUCCAGAGUCCAAGGGGCAGUCUGUAGAGUGGCUGACAAGUUACGAAAGCCGGCAAAAGCAACAAAAAGACCAACGGUCGGCCGCGAAGGUUUUAGCCUCCGUGUUUUGGGACACGCACGGCAUAAUCUUCAUCGAUUACCUGCAGAAGAGAAAAACAAUUACCGGAGAGUAUUGUGCAGCGUUAUUGGACAAACUGAAUGACGAUAUAAAGAAAAAACAACCCCAUUUGGCGAAGAAAAAAGUUCUGGACCAUCACGACAACGCACCGUCGCAUUUCUUGUUAAAAGUGAUGGCCAAACAUGGCCCCCAGCGACUGCUAUAUGUUCCCAAACCUCAAGCGGUGGCUCCAGGGGAAGAGGUUCACAUCGAAUGA